CCAUGUGUUGAGCAUGGUUCUAAAACAAUAAUAAUGAUUAAAAAGAAAAAACAAUGUAUAUAGAACUGUAAGUGACUGAGCCGAAAACUCUGCUCCUCCGAUGGGAUCGGUGAACAAAAACGGCAAUGAGGAACCACUUUUGUUAUCCAACAACAUCGGUAAGCCAAAUCUCCACGAAUCUGACGGCGAGUUGGAGAGACUUUUAUCGGACACCACCGUGCCAUUUCUCCGCCGUGUCGGCUCAGCCACGUGGAUUGAGCUUAGACUUCUGUUCUUUUUAGCUGCUCCAGCUGUCUUCGUUUACCUAAUUAACUAUGUCAUGUCUAUGUCCACACAAAUCUUCUCCGGCCACCUUGGUAACCUUGAACUCGCCGCUGCUUCCCUCGGCAAUACCGGAAUUCAAAUGCUUGCUUAUGGCCUCAUGUUAGGAAUGGGGAGUGCGGUUGAGACACUAUGUGGACAAGCAUUUGGAGCAGAAAAGUUUGAAAUGUUGGGAACAUAUUUACAAAGAUCAACUAUUCUUCUAACUAUAGCUGGUUUAUUUCUCACUGUUAUUUAUGUCUUAAGCGAACCCAUUCUUAUUUUUAUUGGACAAUCUCCAACAAUCGUGUCUGCAGCAGCGGUUUUUGUCUACGGGCUUAUCCCACAAAUAUUCGCUUAUGCUGUUAAUUUUCCAAUUCAGAAAUUUCUUCAAGCACAGAGUAUAAUUUUCCCAAGUGCGUAUAUUUCAGCAGCCACGUUGGUGGUUCAUCUUGUGCUUAGUUAUGUUGUUGUGUAUAAGAUUGGUUUGGGCAUAUUGGGCGCAUCUUUGGUUUUGAGUUUAUCAUGGUGGAUUAUUGUUGUGGCCCAAUUUGUUUAUAUUGUAAAGAGUGACAGGUGUAAGUACACGUGGCGUGGCUUCACUUGGGAAGCGUUUUCUGGCUUGCCUGAGUUUUUUAAGUUGUCGGCGGCUUCAGCUGUUAUGUUAUGCCUUGAGGCUUGGUACUUUCAGAUUUUGGUUUUGUUGGCUGGGCUUCUUCCGCAACCUGAGUUGGCUCUUGACUCUCUUUCUAUUUGUACGACUGUUAAUGGGUGGGUGUUCAUGAUCUCUGUUGGAUUCAACGCAGCUGCAAGCGUGAGGGUGAGCAACGAACUAGGAGCAAGAAAUCCAAAAUCAGCAUCAUUUUCAGUGAAAGUGGUGACAUUGAUAUCAUUCAUAAUAUCAGCAAUAGCAGCAUUAAUUGUGCUUGCGUUGCGUGAUGUUAUUAGCUAUGUUUUCACUGAAGGUGAAACUGUCGCUGCUGCUGUCUCUGAUCUUUGCCCACUUCUCUCUCUUUCUAUUCUCCUCAACGGCAUUCAACCCGUCUUAUCUGGGGUGGCUGUUGGGUGUGGAUGGCAAGCUUUUGUUGCUUAUGUGAAUGUCGCUUGUUAUUAUGGAGUUGGCAUACCUUUGGGGGCUGUUCUCGGCUUUUACUUCCAAUUUGGUGCCAAGGGAAUAUGGCUAGGAAUGCUUGGUGGAACCACUAUGCAGACAAUUAUUCUAAUUUGGGUCACAUUUAGAACGGAUUGGAACAAGGAGGUGGAAGAAUCAGCCAAGAGGUUGAACAAAUGGGACGACAAAAAGGAACCCCUUCUUCUAAACUAGAAAAUGGGAUAACUUGUUUUAUGAAGAGAUCAAAGUAGAAAAUAAACUAUUUUUUAAAAAGGCAGAAAUGGGCUAGCACUAAUAACAUAGUAUGGUCUCUUCAAGCUUUUAUUCUUUUUUUUUUUUUUUUUGAAGACACAUUUCAUUUAAGGUGGUGUUUAGGGUAAACCAUAAUGGAAGUAGUUUAUGGUUUUCAAUCAUAGUUCAUAAUAAACUACUUCCCAUUUGUACAAUGGGUAUUAUGGUUUUUAAAAAAUUACAAAUAAAAUAAAUUACAACCUGAUAAUCACAACAGUUCAAGUAAUUUGAAUUGGUAAAAGAAAAUAGGCAAAUGCCACCUGUGCCGUGUGGGAAUGAAUUUGUGUGAAUUUCUACAUUUUCUUAUUUGAAUAUUUUCUCCUUUUUGGUCAUGUCAUGUAUUUUUCAGAUCUUGAAAAAAAAACAUUCUCUAAACUCAUUCAUAUACAAAUUUAAGGUUGUUAUUGGAGAAGGAAAAAUGCAACUGGUGACAUAGGGAAUGGGUGCUGCACUAUUUUUUAUUGUAUUUGUGUUUUGCAUAUUGUCAUAGAUAUGAAGGAAUUUUGAAGUCAAGGAUGACUACUCUUUCUUGUACGUUUAUUUUUUUUGGGAACCCAUUUUUUUAGUUACAACUUGUUUUCAUUAAAUUAAGAUUUUUUUUCUUUCUUUACAUAAAAAGAUGGUUAGGCAGUAUCGCAAUAGAGGUAAAAGGGAAUUGCAAGAAAGAGAAUUUGAAUAGAGGUUAAAUUUGGUGUGAUGUUAUCUAAUGAAUAUGUGGAACUUAUUUUGAUUUAAGGAUUUAAAA